ACUAUUCGGUCCAAUCAAUUACAAAAUUAUCCGCCGCAUUUUGCAUUUUGCAUUAAUAAUUAAUUCAAAUAUACUCGCAAGCAGCUAUAUCUGACUUCUGAUCCAAAAGUUUUAUUCAUAGAUGGAGCACGAUUCAGAUCUUUCUGAUCCAAUGGGUGAAAACAAUAUUAUGAUCUACAUUAACAGGCCCGAUAUUGUGGACGAGGGAGGUGAGAUAAGGAACACUGAAGAACCAAUUGGACAAAUGAUACCUUUAGAAAAUCUUAGGCUGAAUCAACAAUUAGAAGGCCAUCUAAAUGAUAUUUCUUACUAUGGAGAGGGAUAUGAUAAUUUUUACGGAGCUUAUGAGAGAGCAAUGAGAGCAGAACAAUUAGCAGGGAGGAGAAAUCACAGAAUCAAUUUGAAUGAAUAUAUAAAUGUGGAGCGUCCGUUUCCUGUUAUAAUAAAUACUCCUAAUAGACCCCGUCAACGUGAUCCACCUCCUAAAAAUUGGUUACUAAAACUGGUGAGAAAAAUAAAUUUUCAAUGCAUUGCUUUUGCACUGCCAGCGAUUGCGGUUUUAGUGCUUAUCGCACUCAAAAAUCAAAUUAUCCGUCGUCAAUAAAAAUUGAUUCUAGCGGUCCAAUGCUUAAAUGAGAGGUUACUUCCUGUAUCGCAACCAUAACUUUCAGACAACUUUAACUUUUUAUUGAAUUGUUGUUUCCCAUACUUUCAACGCUUUUAUUGCUUUUAAACAAGUUUGACGAAUUCGUUGAAAAGUUUAUAUAUUCCCGGACUAUACCCUGUUAAAGAUUUCUCACCCUUUUAUCCAUUUCAUGAAAUCAUAAUAUUGAGAACUGUGGGAGUUAUCACCGCAAUAAGUCAAGAAUAAUUAAGCAAAUAUUUUAUAUAGUCAAUACCAAAAGUGAGUUAAAAGAACUACGAAUUUUUUUUAAGAACGUUGCGAUAAAGAGUUGGACUAAGACCGCUAGUAUACAAAUUUUUGUCCAGAAUCUCAAUAACUUAAACUUAUGCAUACACCGGAGAUUUCUCUUUUUGCGUUUAUAGGAAAUCUCACGUGGUAUUUCACUUAUGUACCUAUUAGAGAUAGAUCCCUAAAAAAAUGAAAACGACAGUCUGCUUAAGCCGUAUAGAAGAUAUCUGACACCAAAAAGAUUCCUCCUAAUAUAUUGCGAUGAAAUCAAAAACGUUAAAACUUCAUAUUAGUCUCAGACUGACAGACUGAUCCAGAUAAUACUUGCGCAGAACUGAGGACAGCAAAAUUACAUAGGACAACUUCACAAAAAAUUAGAUUGCCUUGGAUAUCCCAAAAAGAUUUCAGUUUAAAAGGCUUAAUACCCUGCAAAGAGAUAAAGCAGUAAUCGUGAUGCCGGAACUACUAUUUACUAAUUAAAUUUUUUGCCCCUCUCCAUUGUGGAAAUUCAUUUAAAUGGCCUUCUAAAACCUUCAAAUAUCAGACAAUAAUUUAAUAUUUACUAAAAACUCAAAUAAAUAUUUCAUGUUGAUUUAUUUUAAUGCAAAA